AACUAUUGUUAGCAAUACGCGGUGGGAUAGAUAGCCGGGCAAUUGGUUGCAGCUCCCAAAGAUUGUACUAUUGAAGACCCAUCCACUCAGCACUAUGUCUGGUGGGCCAGCGGUGCGUGUGAGCAUCGAGUCGUCAUGCGAGAAGCAGGUCCAGGAGGUUUCUCUGGACGGGACGGAAACCUACGUCCCGCCGCUCUCCAUGUCGCAGAACCUGGCCAAGCUCGCGCAGCGCAUCGAUUUCAGCCAGGGCUCCGACUCGGACGAAGAGGGGACAGAAGCGGAGAGCCGAGAGCUGGAGUGGACCAAACAGGAACAGGAGGAGGACGAGGGGACCGUGAAGUUCCAGCCGUCUCUCUGGCCCUGGGACUCUGUGCGUAACAACUUGCGCAGUGCUCUGACAGAGAUGUGUGUGCUGCAUGACGUGCUAAGCAUUGUCAAGGAGAAGAAAUACAUGGCUCUUGACCCUGUAUCCCAGGAUCCCGCUGUUACCAAGACGCCUCAGGUCUUCCAGUUGAUCAGUAAGAAGAAGUCUUUGGCUACUGCCGCCCAGAUCCUCUUGAAAGGGGCAGAGAAACUGAGCAAGUCUGUGGCCGAGAACCAGGAGAACCGACGGCAGCGGGACUUCAACUCCGAGCUCCUGCGACUGCGUUCUCAGUGGAAGCUCCGUAAAGUCGGAGACAAGAUCCUGGGAGACCUGAGCUAUCGCAGCGCUGGGUCUCUGUUUCCACACCAGGGCACGUUUGAAGUCAUUAAAAAUACAGACAUCGAUCUAGACAAGAAGAUCCCGGAGGAUCACUGUCCGCUCAACGUGCAGAUUCCCAGUGACCUGGAGGGAUCUGCCUACAUCAAGGUCUCUAUUCAGAAACAGGCACCUGAUAUAGGUGAUCUUGGCACCGUAAAUCUCUUUAGGAGACAACCCAAAACCAAACCAGGUUCCCAGGCAUGGCAUUUAAAGCUGGAGGCAGCUCAGAAUGUGCUGCUGUGUAAGGAGAUCUUUGCUCAGCUCUCCCGAGAGGCUGUUCAGAUUAAAUCCCAAAUCCCCCACAUUGUGGUAAAAAAUCAAAUCAUCUCUCAGCCAUUUCCAGGUCUACAGCUGUCCAUAUCUCUAUGUCAUUCAACGGGAGAGAAAAAGAACCAGAGGGCUUCACCGGAGAAAACCAAACCAGACGAUCAUCUCUACGUGUUGGAACACAACCUGCACCAGCUCAUUAGAGAGUUCCAUAAGCAAACGCUGAGCUCUGUGGUAAUGCCUCACCCGGCGAGUGCACCGUUUGGACAUAAACGUUUGCGACUGGCUGGGCCAAUGGCUUAUGACAAAGCUGAGAUCAACGCUCUGCAACAGAGUGAAGGACUGCUGGAGAAAAUCAUCAAACAGGCCAAACACAUCUUCCUCAGGAGCAGGACGGCACGUACCAUUGACAGCCUGGCCAGUCGAAUCGAAGACCCUCAGAUCCAGGCCCACUGGUCCAACAUAAACGACGUCUACGAGUCCAGUGUCAAAGUGCUCAUCACGUCUCAGGGCUACGAACAGAUCUGCAAGUCCAUCCAGCUGCAGUUGAAUAUUGGUGUGGAGCAGAUCAGGGUGGUACACAGAGAUGGUAGAGUCAUUACCCUCUCACACCAAGAGCAGGAGCUACAGGACUUCUUACUCUCUCAGAUGUCCCAGCACCAGAUCCAUGCAGUGCAGCAGCUGGCCAAGGUCAUGGGCUGGCACGUGUUGAGUUUCAGUAACCACGUCGGCCAUGGCCCCAUCGAGAGCAUCGGCAACGCCUCAGCCAUCACUGUGGCGUCUCCAAACGGGGAAUACGCUAUAUCAGUACGAAAUGGGCCUGAAAGUGGUUGUAAAGUACUGGUUCAGUUCCCGCGCAGUCAAGCCAAGGACCUGCCCAAGAGCGACGUGGUCCAGGACGCCAAAUGGAACUAUUUGCGGGGCCUGUAUAAGGAAGUGCACUGGAGCCGAAUGGAGGGAAAGAACUUUGUCUAUAAGAUGGAGCUCCUGAUGGCAGCUCUGACGCCAUGUCCCUAGAACUGACUUUAUCGGUCCUUUUCAAACGUAUCGUCUGUCUCUCCCGUUGUCUCUCCAUCUGUCUCUCUCUCUCUCUCUCUCUCUCUCUCCAUCUCUCUCUCUCUCUCUCUCUCUCCAUCUCUCUUUCGCUGCUGAGCAUUGCUCUCAAAUUUGAAUUAUGUCUGAAAUGCUCUGAUAUUUAAAUACAUGCAAAUGCAGGCAUA